AUGUUUGCCCCAGCCAAUGUCCCCAAGUCUCACCUCGGCCGCUACCGUCAGCUCGCUCCCACUGCCGCCGUUAGGGUUAGCCCACUAUGCCUAGGCGCCAUGAACUUUGGUGAAGGCUGGAAAGCAAGACUCGGUGAAUGUUCUAAGGAAACGUCUUUCAAGAUACUAGAUACAUACUACGACAACGGAGGCAACUUCAUCGACACAGCCAACAACUAUCAAUACGGAGACUCGGAGAAAUACCUCGGUGAAUGGAUGGAAGCCCGUGGCGUGCGCGACCAGAUCGUCCUCGCUACGAAGUAUACCACCGGCUACCGGAGCAACGUCCCGUCUGAGAUCCAAGCGAACUUCGUCGGCAACAAUGCCAAAAGCUUAAAGCUGUCUCUUGAGGCCAGUCUGAAGAAGUUGCGGACCGAUUACAUCGAUCUGCUCUUUACAACUAACAGAUUGACCCAGCUCUACGUCCACUGGUGGGACUUCAGCACUUCUAUCGAAGAGGUAAUGACCUCCCUGAACCAGCUCGUCCUCUCGGGCAAAGUCCUCUACCUAGGCAUCAGCGACACACCCGCCUGGGUCGUGACGAAAGCGAAUCAAUGUAAGCCUUCUCUCUCCCAGAGACCCCAUAAAGACUCAAUAAAAGACCCACUAACAACCCCAGAUGCGCGUGAUCACGGUCUCCGCCCAUUCUCCGUCUACCAGGGCAAAUGGAACGCCGCGGAGCGCGACUUCGAGCGCGACAUCAUCCCAAUGGCUGCAUCCGAAGGCAUGGGUCUCGCGCCGUGGGCAUCGCUCGGCGGCGGCAACUUCAAGAGUAGUACGCAGUGGGAGGAGAUUUCGCAGUCUGGAAAUAAUCCCGGGCGCGGGACAGCAGCCACGAAGCGGGAUAUUGCUGUGUCGAAGGUUCUUGAGAGUGUUGCGCAGCGACACGGGACUGUGAUUACGAGCGUUGCGCUCGCUUAUGUGCUGCGCAAGGCGCCUUAUGUGUCGCCUAUUAUUGGUGGGCGCAAGGUUGAGCAUCUGGAGAGUAAUAUUCAGGCUCUUGGGCUUGAGUUGUCGGAUGAGGAUGUUAAGGAGAUUGAGGGCGCUUAUGAGUUUGAUGUUGGGUUCCCGAUGAAUUUCUUGUUCCGGGGAGAAACCAAGGAGGCGCAUCCUGCUAACUCGCAGUUCUUGAACUCGAUUGCUAAGUUUGAUUAUCCUGAUUUGGUGCGUGCUGUCAAACCUAAGGAAUUGGAUGCUUGA